CAUGAUCACCUGCAAAAAUGGAGAGAGGAGAGAUGAUGGACAAACAAUAUGCUCCAGCUGCAAGGUGCUUCUGCUUCCCUUGCUUGAUCCUGAGCCUUGCACUCGUAUCUGCAGCAGUUUUCAUCAUAAUAUUUGUCCUAAAGCCAAGGAAGCCCAGCUUCCAUCUGCACGCAGUAGAAAUGGGUUCUUCAGAUGCAGCUUUCAGCAAGGGAUCGAAUGACUCUUCGACAAUGCUUUUACUGUUUUUUGUUGCUCAGAACCCCAAUAAGCUUGGCAUCAGAUACAGCUCCUCAGAGCUUGGACUUGUCUACGACAGCAACAACAUGGGGCUGAUCAAAGUUCCUACAUUUUUUCAACCAGCUCAUAGCACAAACGUCAGUGUCUUGGUGCAUGUCUUCUUCAAGAGAAUCGAUGUUGCCGAAAUUGUCAGUGAACAUACCUCUGAAAGUUCAUCGAGCCUCGGCGAUCUGGAGAUCAGAGUAUUCGGUGGAAUUCAUGUUCGAGCUCACAUCUUUAACUUUCAGCUGUUCAAGACUCAGGUUUUCCUUGAUUGUCUGAUCAGUGCAAAGCUCACUGACAUUGUUCUGAGCAAACUAUUCAUCACUGCAGCUAAAUCACGCAAGACUUUCUUAUUAUCCAGUUUGCCACACCUCACACAGAAAUGUUCAAUGGCUCUCUGUAUAUGAACAAGAUGUAUGGAAGCAAGCAAGCAAACAAAUACUUUUCUUUGUAGUUUGGAUUUUUCAUUCUUACUAUUUUUUGUGUGUAGAUAUGAUCGAAAAUACAUAUUUGAUGUACCAUUUCAGCAUAUAAUAAUUGACAUAAACAUAGCACCAAAUAAAUACUGUAUAAAUAAUUAUAGAA